GCAGCGAGGGAGAAGAUAGAAGGCGGCAAGGAGAGAGAGGAGGAAAGAAGGAGAGAGAGAGAGAAGGACGGGUAGAAAGUGGAGACAGAAGAGAGGAGGGGUAUUUGAACAAGCGAGAGAGGGAAGGCAGGAAGAGGAGGAAGUGAAUGAGAAAGGAGUGCGAAAGAGCUAAAGAAAAUUAUUGUGGGUUUAAGGACAGUGAGAGUGAAAUAGACGAGAGAGAGAGGGAAGUAAAAGAUACCGAGAGAAACAACAGAGAGGGAGUAUGACCAAAAGUAAUAAAAUCAGAGAUCUGAAAGAAGAAUGGAUAAAUAAAUAAAGUUCAACAGAAAUAUUGGAGGACAGGAAUUAAGGGGAGAGAGAAAAAGAGAAACCAGGACAGUUGAGACAGGGUGUGUUGGCCAAGCACUCAAAGAGAGGUUAAACACAAUACUCUACUAACUCAGUAAACUUGAAAAUCCUGUCUCAUUCAUUCCUUCUGAUCAAAAUGAGAGUAAUCGCUCUAGUCAGUGGUGGAAAGGACAGCUGUUACAAUAUGAUGCAGUGUGUGGUGGCUGGACAUGAAGUGGUGGCUUUAGCUAAUUUAAGACCUGCCAAUCAUAAAGAUGAGCUUGACAGUUACAUGUAUCAGACAGUGGGACAUGAAGCUAUGGAUCUGUAUUCAGAAGCUACUGGCCUCCCACUGUAUCGACACACUAUCAAAGGGAGUUCUUUAUCAAUUGGAAGAGACUACACAGAAUAUGAAGGCGAUGAAGUGGAAGACCUCUAUCAUCUUUUGAAACAGAUCAAGGAAAAGGAAGCAGCGGAAGCAGUUUCAGUUGGUGCCAUUCUUUCUGACUACCAGCGUGUUAGAGUGGAAAAUGUGUGCAAGCGACUUAAUCUCCAGCCUUUGGCUUACCUCUGGCGUCGAAACCAGGAAGAUUUGCUGAGAGAAAUGAUAUUGUCUAAUGUUCAAGCCGUGAUAAUCAAAGUCGCAGCUUUUGGUCUUGAUCCAGAGAAACAUCUUGGGAAAACUUUGGAUCAGAUGGAACCAUAUCUCAAUCAGAUUUCUCAGAAGUAUGGGGUGCAUGUAUGUGGAGAAGGUGGAGAGUAUGAAACCUUUACGUUGGAUUGUCCUUUAUUCAGGAAGAGGAUUGUUAUUGAUUCCUCUGAUGUUGUUGUUCAUUCUGCUGAUGCGUUUGCACCAGUGGGCUAUCUUCGUUUAUUGAACUUGCAUCUGGAGGAUAAACCCCAGCAUGUUCCUUCUCGCAUAGUACUUGGAGCUCUGCAGCCUUGUUCAUCCUGCUUCAAUCUGGAGAUUAACAUAGAAAAUGACAAUUACAGAGAGAUAUCAAAACCACAGGUCACCUGGCAUCUCACCUCAACUAAUCCUUCUGACACUGUAAAGUUAAAUCAUUGGUCUGGGAAAACGAAAAGUGGCUACCAUUGGAUUAGUGGGCCAACUUUUCCCAUGGAAGGAAAAAGCAUUAAUGAUGUGUCAAGGCAGUUAUUUUCAUUGUUACAAGUGGAAUUGAAAAUGAAAGAUUACACGUUAUCAGAUAUUAUUCUGCUUCACCUGUAUAUAAAGGACAUAACGGAUUUUGGCACCAUAAACUCAGUGUAUCAAUCCUACUUCAACCUAAACCCACCUGCAAGGGUUUGUGUGGAAGUCCCAUUACCUGAUGGAAUAUUGCUUCAAGUUGAUUGCCUUUUACACAAAAAUGAAUCAGCUUCCCAAGAUGUAACAAAACAGCAAAAGGAGGUUAUGCAUGUUCAGAGUAUUUCACAUUGGGCACCUGCUAACAUAGGACCUUACAGUCAGUCAAUAAAGAUUGGAGAUGAUAUAUUUUGUGCGGGUCAGAUUGGAUUGGUCCCAUGCACCAUGCAGCUUAUCACAGGAGGUAUCGAGGCUGAAGCCAUACUGUCUCUAAGCCAUGUCCAGAAAAUUCUUGAAGCAAUGAAAAGUGGAACAAAAUUAAGCAAUGUCUUGCUGGCAAACUGUUAUGUCACAGACAAGAAAUAUAUCUCUGUCGUUCAAAAUGUCUGGCAAAAGGCAUUAAAGGGACACAUAGAGGAGGAUGAAGCUUAUCAGAUGGCAGAACCUGUACCUGGGAUACUGGUGGUAGCCGCCAUCCCACAUCUGCCUAAAGCUGCUGCAGUGGAGUGGCACAUCAUUGCCCUGACCAGCAGUGCCAGUGAGAGGAAAUCCUUCAUCCUAAAUAAGAAGCUGGAAAGUUAUGAAAUUGAUUGUAAAAUGGUGAUGUCAAGUUCGAUGUGUCGUGCAGCAGUCUCAUUGACUCUAAGUCUUCUGCUGCCUUCAGUGACUUCAUUGAAUUUGCAAGUUGCACUGCAAGAACUAGCUGUUGCCUUCCAGCAAGCAAUAGAUACACUCCCUCAGGAUGUGCUUCCUCUCUGCUUCAAAAUUUUCUACUGUGAAGAUGCCAUAAAUCCCAGCUUAGUGCACAGAGAUUUGGCACGAUUCCUGGAAGAACUACUGAGCUCGAGAGUUCCGCCUCUGAUUUUGGUGCCUGUAACAGAUCUGUCUGGCCAAAAAAUUCUGCAUGUCAUUUGUUGGCUGACCAGCUAAGGACAAAAGGCAGGGUGGAGAACACUAGGUUAUGAGCUACUGUAAAUCCAUUUCCUCCCUCUACGUAAUGGGAAACAAAAGCAGAUCUCCACCUGUGUUUACAGUAACAGUUCCAAGAUAAUUCCAAUUGUACUGCGAUCAACGCCCGUCUAAAUAGUCACAAAGGGCUUCUUGUUCACGGCCAACUUUGCUAUUAUAUUUAUUGGCAACUGAUAAAUAUAGAAGAGAUGAGAAAAGAUGUUGCAUAUUACUGGCUCUGUAUUUGAAUUUGGUCUAUAAAGUCAGUCAAGUGAAAAUCAAUCUCUUUUGGAAACUGUGCAUAAACUAUCAUAGUAGGUGUUUUCUUUUAUUAAAGUCAUGAUGGACAAAGAUAGAAAGUAAUUUUUAUUUUAUAGCAACUUUUAAAUCUUUUCUCAUUUUCAGAGAAAUUUUAUUGAACUACCAAAUUGAAAAUCAAAUUACAAGAGCAAUGCAAUUAAUUCUUGAUUCCCAACUGCAACAAUUCCCGCAUCCAAACUCUCAACAACCUUGUUCACUUUUCCCCUUGUAAUAUGUUUGACAAACUACUAAUUUUUCUAAGCCAUUGCACACCAUGCCAUCCCUCAUCUGCGAGCUUUGACAGAAUGCGCCAAUCCCUGUAAUGAGCUUUAUUGAUGUUAAACAUCCUUCUCUUGUGUUUGCCUCUUAGCCAUUGUAAAUGGAGAUUCAGGCUCACUUUCCAUGAUCAUAAACUCUAAUUCCCCCAUCAUCCUGGUCAAGGUCAGUUCCUUAGCCCCAUACUGUGGCUGAUCAUGACUGCCCUAUUGUCUGGCCACCUUCGAGCUAUUGGAUGAAUUUUCUGAGUUAUCUGAGAUUAAUACCUGAAAUAUUGAGCCCAGCACCACACAAACAGAGUAUUGUUGCAAAUAAUGACCUUUGUUAUUGACUUAAUUCAGUAUUUGUAUAAAAUAGAAAGGUACUUACCAAUUAAAGCUCAAUCUCCCUGGUGAGUCAUUUUGAUCUGGGACUUGAAAGUGUUAUGAAAUACACUUUAGAGCCUGUUAAGGAAAAGAUUCAUUUUCACUAGCUUUAUAUGUUGUGCAAUAAAUUUGUACAAGUUACUGCACAGGUUGAACAACCUGAUUCUGAGGUAACUGAAUACAUCUCUGAUAACAAUGAAUUAUUGAUGUUCUUCCUUUGAGCGUGAAAUACCCAUAAGAUUGUUCUUUAAAACAAUAAGAAAAUAGCUGGCAUUCACUGUCAUCAUUAACUGUGGCUCAGUAUUUCUGAAGUUAUGACACAACAACCCAGAGCUAUGUUCAGUUGAAUGCAAUAACUGGUAAUUUGUAAACUAACACUGAAAUAUAUGUACAUGAAAGCUGCUAUCUUGUCAAAAACCAUACUGGUUCAUCAAUGUGCUUUGGAAAAGGAAAUUUGCUACUUCUAUCUAGUCUACUAUACAAGAUAUUCUGAACAAUUCUUAGUGUCUUUCAAAAUAGUUAAUAAGAGACUGAAUAUUGAUGAAAAAUAUUGUUUAUCUGUGCUGAGUUUCAAACUUUGCUUAUUCAGAGGGUAUGCCUUCUUUACAGACUUUUUCUUCCACAGGAUUGCAUUUAAAACAAGUACCUCCUAAGGCAUUGUGGGACUUGAAGCUGGUUAAUCUUGGUGGUUAAUUCUUUUCUAUGGCACUGCCCUCUUUCGCCAUUGCAGUAUUGUUUUCACUCUUACAGAAAACCAUUUCUCAUAUCUACUUUUUUAAUCAUGCCAAUGCUUGCCAUUAUUGAAGUGUAUGUUUAGUGAUGUCAGUUUAUUAACUGAAAACAAAUAAAACUGCACCUACUGGAAUGCAAAACAGGAACAGCAAUGCUGGAAGAACAUAGCCAGUCAAGCAGCCUAUGUGGAGAGGAAAACCAGCUAACAUGAGUUCUUAGGACAUUUCUGUUUACGUUUAAGUUUAUUACAGUAGUUGUUAUUCCCUGCUUAAUGUCAGAAUGUUAGAUUCAUUAUUGACAGCAUCAUUGACCAAUGCAAGAUUUAUUAUUCUCUGGUCUGAUUCUGUGACCAAUGAUUUUCUUAAGUGUACUUACACAGUUACAUUUAACAAAGUAGACUUAAUAAGGCCAUCCAAACGAUUUACUCAGUUAAUAGCUAAAUGUUGAUACAGAUUGCAUGAAAUAUUUCUGAAAAUCAGUGUCGGUACUCUGUGUCUUAAGCUUCUACUGUUGAGAAAAAAUGUGGGUUGAUUAAAUUGUAAAGUACUUAGACUCAGUUUGGCCACACAUUGAAUAUGCUACGUCCACACCACAUUAGUAACCAAUUGUGUAUUCAGGAUUACUUAGCCUUCUAGUCAUAACAACUACUGUAGUACCACAAUGUAGGGAAUUUUAAAGCAUCCAAGGAAACAGAUGAUGUUUAAAAAGAAAACAUUUCUUCUGAUUGGAGGUAAUAUUCAUAUCCUUUCAAACCACUCCAUGAAGAAGGCUUGCACAUUCCUAUAAAUGAGGCCAUGUUCAAGAUCAGAUGUUGUCCUAACCUUACUCACCAGCUGUUUUUUUAACUGAAGAGCCAUUUUUUAUUUCAUCCUUUUGUUCAAGUAUCUUGCUACUUCCUAGAAGUCUCAUAAAUCUGUAGAAACAAAAAUCUAAAUUGUAUCAUAAAUCACCUUCAUUAGAGGACAUUUGAGCUUAAAUGGAGUUGUUCUUUGCACAAUACCAUUGCAAAUUUUUGCAUCUUGUGAGCCUGACCACUUGCUCAGAAAAGGGGAAGUCCAAGAUUACACAGCUUUAGUAUAUUAUAAAAUUGACUUCUGUUCAUUUUUAUUGGUAUCUUUAAACUUUAUUGUUUCCAGCUGAUGGUUAAUAAAUAGGCUCAAGAUUUAUAUGUAAAUGUAAUUAUUUAUUGCAAAGAUGUUGAAAAUACUAACAUUGUAACCUAAUUGUAGUUUUUGGAUCAGGGCUCAGUUUUCACGUGAGCUUAUUUGGAAAUGAAAUAAGAGGAGCCUUGAAGCAUGUGAGACUUCUGACAAUGCAAAGCAAUCGUAAAUUGCUUAUAUGCAUUUUAACCGUACUCAGCCUAUUUUAAGUAGUCAUUUUGCACAUUUUAUGGAAAGACAACCCUGGAUUAAACCUGACACAGCACAGAGAAAGUGGUGUGUUUUUUUCACUGUGCUGCAAACUGUGGAGGAAGACGAAAGUGGGCUGCCUCCUGAGUAAGGGAACAGUGAGAUGAAGCGGCCAUUCCAAUUCAAGGAUGUCCUGUUUCAAUCUUAAUUUUUUCCCUUAAAAUUAGCUUUUGAAGUGGGCCCACUGAAAAUGUUCUUCAUUCUACUCCAGGUAAAAGUUAUGUUUUUUAAUGAUAGAAAACUAAGUAGUUGUGAUUAAAGUUCCAUACAGACUGAGUAAUCUCUAUUAUCCAGUUAUUUUGAAGUGUCUUUCCAAACACACACACACACACACACACACACACACACACACACACACACAUAUAUGUAUACAAUGGUCAUCAAUGGCAAAAAGACUAAAAGCAGUAGUUGAUUGCAUGGUUUGCUUUGAAAAUGUUUGAAUGCAAUAUAUUGGAUCUUCUCCAAUAUAAUUAUACUCAUAUUAUACUCAUAUUUUGAAGUUCCUGCCAAAGGCUGCAUGCUAAGGAAGGGUUGAAGUUGUCUUGUGUGUAUAUAUAUGUGACAUGAGCAGAAUCAUUUCAAAUCUGAGGUAUUUAAUUGGUAUUUUCACUCUGUAGUAGGCACAGCAAAUUUGUGUGAUGUGAUCUGAGUAUUUUUGGUUGAGAAGAAAGCCAAUCGGAAAUACAAAAUGUGGAAAAUACAAAUCUGCACACUGAACAAUAACAGAACUAUUUCUGUCUUUUCUGCCCACUCCAAGUAUAAUUUGACUGUAUUCUGAUGUAUUAGAACAUAGUCUAGAUUUACAGACUCUGCACAAAGGCACCCUGAAGCAACUUUUGUAAGUGAGGUUAAAGGAAAUUAGAAAAGCAAAAAUCU